CGCGAAAGGUGUGCUUCAGUUGGAGAGGGCUAUAGAGAGCGCAGCAUCGGUUGGCUGCUGGUCGUACCGCAGCGCAUUCUUCGAAUAAACUCCUGCAUUUGACACUUUGAACCCCGAUUUCGCACGGAUACACGUUACAAGGAAAUAUCGUUUAUGGUCCUGGCUGAAGACUUCACGAUGUCUCGCACCGACGAGGUCCACCGCAUGACGGAAAAUGUCUACAAGACCAUCAUGGAGCAGUUCAACCCAUGUUUGCGGAACUUCGUCGCCAUGGGGAAGAACUAUGAGAAGGCCCUUGCCAGUGUGACAUUUGCUGCCAAAGGCUAUUUCGACGCUCUGGUCCGAAUGGGCGAGCUGGCCAGUGAGAGCCAAGGAUCCAAAGAUUUAGGGGAUGUGCUGUUCCAGAUGGCUGAGGUUCACAGACAGAUCCAAGUGCAACUGGAGGAGAUGUUAAAAUGCUUCCACAACGAGCUGCUGUCUGAGUUGGAGAAGAAGGUGGAGCUAGAUGCCCGAUAUCUCACUGCUGCCCUGAAGAAAUAUCAAGUGGAGCACAAAAACAAAGGGGACAGUUUGGAGAAGUGCCAGGGGGAGCUGAAAAAACUGCGCCGAAAGAGCCAAGGCAGCAAGAACCCCUCCAAGUACGGGGAGAAGGAGAUGCAGUUUGUGGAGACCAUCAGCAGUAAGCAAACUGAGUUGGACACCUUUAUCGCCGAGGGUUACAAGACAGCUUUGUCUGAGGAGCGUCGCCGGUACUGCUUCUUAGUGGAUCGUCAGUGUGCUGUGGCCAAGAAUAGCAGUGCUUACCAUGGCAAGGGUAAAGACCUACUGACGCAGAAGAUCCCUGUGUGGCAACAGGCUUGUUCAGAUCCAAACAAGCUGCCAGAUCGAGCCAUGCUGCUGGCCCAGCAGAUGAGCUCCUCUGCCCUGGGGGGAACCAGCCCAUUGCAUACCUCCAAAUCCAACCUGGUCAUCUCAGACCCCAUCCCAGGAGCCCAGCCUCUCCCUGUGCCUCCAGAACUCGCUGUCUUCAUGGGCAGUGGCUUGGGACAUCCUGCAAGGCUGAUGGGUCCUGAUGGCAUGUCUAUGGUGAAUGGGACGACAGGUGUCCAUGGAGAGGAGUUCUGGCCAGAAGGGGGCAGUAUGAGCGUGUCUCAGGUGCGACCCGCAUCCCCCCAGACCCAGGCCCCAGGACCAUCCCAGGCCCAACCGCAGAGACAGGUCAGCGAUGUCUACUCCAACACACUGCCCGUGCGCCGACCUCAGCCUGCCAAGAACAAGAACCCAGUGGGUGAGACAAGAACCCUGCCCAGAUCCAGUUCCAUGGCCGCUGGUCUGGAGAAAAAUGGGCGUUCCCGUGUCCAGGCCAUCUUCUCCCAUGCCGCAGGAGACAACAGCACCCUGCUCAGCUUUGCAGAGGGUGACAUCAUCACCCUGCUUGUGCCCGAAGCACGUGAUGGCUGGCACUAUGGCGAAAAUGAGAAGAACAAGAUGCGAGGUUGGUUCCCAUUCUCCUACACUCGAGUGCUGCCCGACAGUGAAGGCGAUAAGCUCAGAGUGAAUCUGAACCAUGGGAAAAGCAGCAGCACGGGGAACUUGCUGGAGAAUGAUGGGUCACUUCCGACGCCCGACUAUGGCCUGACCGCACGGCUGUUGGCACAAAGUUUGGCACAAACCCGCCCUCGACCCUACAGCAUGGCAGCAUUCGGCACACAGCCUGCUAUUGAGGAUUAUGACGGCCGCUUUGCCACAAGUUUGGGUCCCGAAUUGUCCCGGUUCUAAAGGAACCUCUGAGGACCUGCUGACCGUGCUCUGGAGGUGUACCUCCGGUCUACCUUCAAUGACGACCGAUCUGCACCCAUCUUCUACUAAUCUGCCCGCUAUUCUGUAAUGUUCACUGGUGGGCAUUUCUCUAGAAAAGAGCAGGAGAAAGUGAGGUGUGUUUCAAAGAAUACUUUCUUUACAGUGGACUGCCACUCAAAACCAAUCCUACAGUUAAUACAAGUAUACAUUGAGCAGGCAGAACAUUAUGACCACAUAUUAAGAGAAUCCCAGUAGUGGAUUUAUUUUAGGUUAUUUUUGCCAGUAAUAAGUAGGCAUGUGGAUUUAACGUUCACCAAGAUUUCGCCACUUGGUUUCGCCAAGUGUCACUAAGUGUCAAAAUGUGAUGGAACUAUACAGUGGAUGGAGCAAGCCUUGUGGUCUCUAAAAGAACAGUGCUGAAGCCAGUGUGUGUGGGAUUGGAUAGUCAAGUUAAUGUUACUUAAAUUGUAAAAAUAAAAAUAAAAAAAAUAAUUAUAAUAAUAAAUUGUAUCAAAAUUCAGUGCAAUGUUGUUUAUUGGGGCAGGUGGUCAUAAUGUUAUGUCAGUGUACUUUUUUAAAAACCUUUUAUUAUGGAUUCAAGAGGCUACUAGAUUUUAUAGUAGUGAUGCUAGAGCGUUACAAUAAACUGCACUUCUACUGGAAAUACUUUACAAUUACUAGACACUGUAUAAAUGGCGUUUGGGAAGUCUUUCUGUUACUAAGCAAUCAAAGUGUACAAUUGUGUUAAGUGAUAGCACUCAAAGCAUUUACUAUAUUGUGAUACAGUAUACCCAGUGUGGGAACUGUGCCUUUGACUUAUGCAGCUUCAAACCACUUAUUUUCUGACCUGGUUUAAAGUCAUCUUUUUUUAUUUUUAUUAUUUAAGUAUUAGACCUUCUGUAAAUUAUAUUUUGUUUUUAUCUUUUGCAUAAGACAAUUACAGCACAAAACAAAUUAUAGAGCAGAAUUUCCUCAUUUAAAAUUAUCAGUGCUUGCAGUAAGUAUUAAAUCUAUGAACUGGGUUUUUAUAUAUUUUAGUUUUGUGGGAGUGGUAGCUUACUGAUAAGAUUCAGUAUUAUCAUGUGAUUUGGUCUUUUGCUCAGUAUUAAAUAUUUGGGAGAGUCACCACAUAUAUCUUCUGCACAUGCUGAGCAAUAUGAUCCUGCUAUGGACAGUAGCACAAGUACAAAGUUAAAACCGCUUUUUCUAAAAUGUUUUGCUUUUUCUAUAGCUUUCAUAUUUGUUUUUAAUUGUUUGUUUCAUAUCUGUACUGUACAGUCUAAAUGUAUCUGUCCACAAUAAAUGUCUAUGGCCACAAAUGUUA